AUAGAUAGAAACCCGUGAAAGUUAUGUAGGAUAGCAAGGUGUAAGGAAGUUUAGAAAAUACCACCGAAGCGCUGGGCCACUGCAAAAAUUGAAAUGAAUAACUAUGCCUGUUUACAUAUGAAAUAAAAAACUUUACGAACUCAAGACGACGUAUUGACAUUUGGCUGGCAGACACCUAUACAAUACACAACAAACAGCACAAAUGAUAAAAUUAAAAUUUUAAAUAGCAGCAAUAUUGGUCACAAAUAGAUGAUUUCAAGAUGUCCUGAAUGGCUAUACGGCACCACCUGGAACUCACAGGAGCUUCUCUUCUGAAGCUGUCGUCGUUUAUGUUUUGGAGUUGGCUGUACCUGUGGAUAGCGGCGGUGCUCCCGGGCCAAAAGCCGGAAUGGUACUCCCGCGUGGUCACCCUUCUACACGGCAGUAUCGCAGCAGCAGUAGGCCUCAUACAGUGCGACUUCAGGAAUAUCUCGCCCGCGCGGCUUUCCGCGACUGUUACGACGUAUCAAUAUGCCCUCAUGGUAUGGUCAUGGGGUUACUUCGCAAUGGACUUCUGCUGGUGCCUCGUGUACUGGUCGGAGAACCUCGUGAUGCUCGUCCAUCAUUUGGGCGCGAUAUACGCCGUUGACAUUUAUAUGCGGAAAGAAAACUCUGGCUGCACGUUUGCAUGCACGCUGGCCUUGAUGGAAAUCACUAAUCCUCUGCUACAAACUAGAUGGUUGAUCAAACAAGAAGGUUUAGAAAAAUCUUUAUAUUUUCUAAUAGUGGAGGUGACUUACUUGGUAAUGUUCAUAGUAGUGCGUGCGUGCAUCGGAUCCUACGUAGUGUAUAAGAUACUCGGCUCAGAUUUAUUUGGUUAUGACGAGAAACUUAUUACCCUAGUGUUUUUCUUCGUAUCCUGGGCCUUCAUGUAUGAAAUAUUUGGCUACGUCCGGUAUAAAUAUCGAAAUCGAAAAGAACCGGCUACUACUCUCGCCCAGAUACCAUCAGCCACGGCGCCACCGAUCGCUUACACGACCCAACAAGACAAGGUCGUCGUGCAAACCGUACAUGUAUUGCAGCAGCGGCAGCUGGAGUGUACAGAUUCAAAGUAACAUUGCAACGUUGUACAUUACAUUCUGCAAGUCAAGUUCUGCAACAGGCACUUAUGUCCUAAUUGGAAAACUACUUAUUUGAAAAGUCUGAAUAGAAAAAUAUAAUAAUUUUUGAAGUCUUAUAUUUAUAUACAAAUGGUCUUUUGGAAACAUUGCACUAUUCAACAUCAAUAUUUAAGUUUUUAAACUAUGUAUAUAAAAAACAAUAAUUGUUUUAUUGACUACAUUUUAGACAGUUUUAAGGCAAAGUUUUUCUUAUUGAGGUGUUAAUUUUGUCUCAUCUAUUGCCCUCAUUUGACAUGUAGUUUACUAAAACUUGUCCUGUGUUGUCCUAAAAUUACUAAAACUACAUGUCGAAAGAGGACUCAAGUCUAUCUAUAUACUCCAAUCUUCAAGAUGCUAUGUUUUUUUUUCAUCAGCCUGCUAGUGAAUAUUCUCAACAAAUAAGUCCAUCUUUUACGUCGAUACAGCCAAAUGAGAUAGAAACGGCAUUUUCAUACAACUUUCAGGCCAGUUUCAUACAAAGCAGUAAACCGGGCACAUGAUGUGGAACAAAACAUUAGCA